UGGUGAGAGGAAUCCCGGCGGCAGAAUGAAUGUCGUUCGGAUCAACUCGAAGAACGUGAUAUUUCUCUUCAUGGCGCUCCUGUCAACCUCCGUCCAGGAGGCUCGCAUGGAUUACGGCACUGCGACCAGCUAUGCUGUGAAGGAAGCCAACGUAAACUCAACGCCAGCCUACAGCAGCAAGAAGGAGGAAAUGGCUGGCCUGUGCCCGAUCGGGAUACCUUGCGUAGAAUUGAGCGGAGAAUGCCUGAAGUGCAACUUGGAUUACAGCUGCAUAUAUGGGGCAAUGCUUGAGGCAAACUGCUCCGUGAUGGAGCACGUCGAUUGUACAGGAGAACAGACUUUUUCGAAGCAGUACAUAUGCCGAUUCUGUUAUCAAACUGAACACUGGGAGCAUCAAUGUCAUCAGAAAAAUUCUUGUAGCUCAGUAGCGUCUCCUCAGCAAUAUUAUAGAACAAAUUGUACAGUAAACAAUGAUAUAAUAUGUCUGGGUAGACGGAAGUUUAUGAAGAACUUGCCUUGUAAUUGGACAGUUGGAUAUCGUUGGUCCACAGCUUUGAUCCUAAGCAUUACUCUCGGAGGAUUUGGCGCAGAUAGGUUUUACUUGGGACACUGGCAGGAGGGUAUCGGCAAGCUUUUUAGUUUUGGCGGACUGGGUGUGUGGACAUUAAUUGACGUAAUAUUAAUUUCUAUGAGAUAUUUAGGCCCCGCUGAUGGCUCUUUGUAUAUUUAGAUCAUUUAUGGAUUUUUUUUUGUAAAUAUCAACAUGAGGUAUCUAAGUCUUUUAUCAUAAUUUAUCGUUAGCCCUUGAGAAGAUGUUAUAUUUGUUGAACUAGGUACAAAUUAAUGUGAUAUAUGUACAUAAAUAUGAACAAAGCGGCUUUUAAAAAAAUAAAAUUUAUUUAAUUAGUCAUAGACAAUAAUUGUGUCACAGAUUUAGAUAGAUUUAUCAUUGUUUAAUAAUUAAGUUUAGUAUAAUUUUAGAUAGAUUUAGCGUUAUUUAAUAAUUAAGUUUAGUAUAAUCUUAGAUAGAUUUAGCGUUGUUUAAUAAUUAUGUUUAGUACAAUUUCUGUAUAAAAUUCUUGGAAGAGAAGGGAAAGCAAAUAUAAAAUGUUGAUUUUUGUAAAGGUUAUACUGUAAAAGUUAUACUGUACAAAUAAUUAUAUAGAUAAUUUAUUUGUUAAUAAAAAAUAUAUGUCCGUA